AGAGCAUUAAAGGAGAAUCCAUGUACCUUUGGCAGCCAGCACUGGAGGAGCAGACAUCAAAGUAGGACCACAUAGCAAAGUUUACCUGGGCAUGAAAAGAGAAGUAAAGAAGAGAAUUUCUAACAUGUAUGGGUUACUUACUAUGCACCAGCCCUUUUUAUACAGUCGGGAGCACUUUUCUGCAUUCCCAUAUAAAUACGUGGUUCUUCUCACAGUGGACAUGUGCAGCCGGAGCGCAGGACUCAGCCCCGAUGGAGGCUGCGGAGCCCCAGCAUGGAGCGCCGACUGCCGUCCCCGCCAUAGCAGACUUCGGUGUUGCCCCUGAAGCGCUCAUGAGAAGCGGCCAGACCCCUGCCGUGGGGCUCAAGGGUCAGGAAGGCCAGGUCCCGUCCUAUAAGUGGGCAGAGGGACGCCGACUCUUGGAGCUCCAGCAGAGAGAUUUGAGAGAUGUGAAUGACUGUGCAGCCGAGAGUAUGACCUCUGUCCCCAAGGACGCCCCUGCAGAUGUGGAGACCGACCAGGAAAACCUGAUGACAGAGGCCUGGGACACUCCAGAGUGCCAGGAGGCAGUGCCCCAGAGCCCAGCAGAUGGACAGCCAAGGGCACGGGCUCCCCCAGAGCUCUGGGCCUGCCCUGUCCAGGGUGACCAUCUGGACAAGGUCCCAGUAUCCAGUGAGCUGAGCAGCACAGUGGAGGUGGAAGUUAGACCAGAACUCGCUUCCUUGGUGUUGGGGACUGGACAAGCGGAAGAGGAGGAAAGUUCUGCAGACACCGGUGCUCGGACUCGAUGCUUGUCUUCUUGGGAAGAGCACCCUGCAGAGACCAACCCACCGCAGGAUUCUGGAAGUGGGACUGUCAGGCACGGGGAGGAGCUGCAGCCUCCAGUGGGGCAGCGAAGUCCAGGGAGAGGAGGGCUUGUGUGUCCCCAGGAGGCCGAGGGGCUGGAGGAGCAGGGACCAGAGGAAGUGGACUGUCCAGGGGGAGGAGUCCUGGGGGAGGCCGAUUGUUCUGAUGGGCUUUUCGGGGGACAGGAGCAGGUAGGGGAGCAGGUGAACGGCACAGAGGGAGGACCGAGGCAGAAACAGGAGCAGAGCCAAGACGACGCGGUGCCUGCCAGACCAGGAGGAAGAGGCGGGCUUAAUGGGGAGCUGGGAGGUCUGAAUUACGAAGUGUGGCAGAGGAGGGCUCAGGGCCAGGAAGGUCUAGAGCAGAGGGAACAGAGGACGAGGGAGUUCAGGGGGCCUGGGGAGAGUAGGGUGCAUGCUCAGCACGAGGAGACCCAAAGCUUAGUGGGGAAAUCGGUGAAUGUAGCCGGAAGGCAAGAAGCUCAGGGCCCACAGGGGACAGUGAUGCCAGCGGAGGCGCCAGAACAGUGGGAGGGGGCCGCGCGGGGGGGCCAGGGGGGCGCCCCGGGGGUCCCUUCUCCCUGUGACUCGUGUCCGGAUGUCUGUAAUGCGAUGGUCAGGCGUCCUGGGCCGCAGACAGCGCCGACGGCGGAGGACCUGUUUCCCGAAGCUCUGACUCCUCCCCUGGGGCCCACAGGACGGUCCCGUCGGCCCAUUUGUCUACCCAGCGUCCUGCCCACUGGGGAGUCGCCCGACCAAGGGACAGUGCAGGACGGCCAGCCAGCGCGAGCCGAGCUGGGGAAGGAGGCCGUGCCCAGCUGGGGGCCUGAGGGGGUCUCCGGCAGCCCUCCCGUGACCCCUCCAGGGACCCUCGACGCAGCUCCUCCCCGUCCUGCUGAAGGCUCCUUGCCCGCCAGCGCGCCCGUCGCCAUUCCCAGGAAGGCGCCCUCUCUUGCUGCAUGUUCUCCAGAAACCUCCGGAGCCUCUCUCUUGACUGAAAGCCCCUCUCCUUGUGGGAGCCUCCCUGGCUUCCCGUCUGCAGAAGCCACCCUGGACCCGUGGGGCUGCCCUGCCUGGGCCAGCCCGCAGAGCCCCCUAGUCAACUGCGCGGGGGCCGUCCAGCCCCUGAGGAGCAACUCCUUCUCGGGUUUCCACAGGACAGAGCUGAGUCCGGACCUGGCGGGAAGAUCGCUGUCCUUCUCUCAUUCAGAGUUGCCCCAGAGGCCCCCCAAGCCUGCCGUCUAUGGCUCCGUGAUCCUGAGAAGGCACCGGAAGAGCAGCAGGGGCUGCGGCAGCAUCCCCGAAGCCUCCGCUUCCCCGGCCACGCUGGGAGGGGGCGCUCCGGAAUUGCCCUCAAGGCCAGAGAGACCCAGCAGCCCCCGCAGCGGCCAGCCGUGGGGCUCCCCGCAUAAUCCACCCUUUGCCCCAGGGCCUCCCGCCUAUGGCUCUUCACCCCCCCUCGUCUUUGUAGAUGGGCGAGCCCAUGAACCUGCACCCCCACUUCCCCCACAGAAGAGGCACGUGUACCCCGCCAUGGUGGAGAGCGAUGGCCACCCCCGUGCAGUGGCCCCCACACACAGGCAGUGUAGCUAUCCUCCCGCAUUGGCCCUAGGUCCAGGCCUACAUGGCCCCCCCAGAGGCCCGCUUCCCGAAGCCCCCGACUCCCUUGUGGCGAGGCAGUACCGACCUCUGCCCUCCACCCCGGACAACCCCCACCAUCCUCAGACCUCUUCCUCCCCAAGGUCGAGGUACAACAAGCCGUUACCCCCAACUCCCGACCUGUCCCAGCCCCACCAUUCUCCCAUUUCUUCUGAUGGCAGCCCGAGGAUCUACAAGCCCCUCCCCCCUGUCCCUGUCGUCGACCCUCUCACCGAGCCACCCCCGUUACCCCCAAAGUCCAGGGGCAGGGACAGGAGCACUCAGGGAGGACUCAUGAAUUCGGGGGGACACGCCAAGCCAAGGCCUGUCUGUCAAGAGCAGGCGGCGUCCAUCCCCCACGCUGCUGGACGCACCUCCUGGCCGCCCGCCGUGGGCAGAUCAGACUCCUUGGCUUCCACCAUUAGGAGUAAGAGCGAAGUGGCCCCUGUCAUGGCUUUCAGCAACGUGACCGCCCUUCUAAGCCCCUCUUCCCCAACCACCCCCUGGACUCUGGAGCUCCGGGGAGCCCCCUCUGAACCAGGGCUCUCAAAAAAGCCCGAGGCCCGAGCUACAGGAUCUUUGCGAAGACCCGCUCCUCCGGAAGGAGCGCAGAGCCUGCGGGCUUCAGAUCCGAGUGGAGCAAGGCAGCCGGGGAGGCCCGGCCACCCCCCGCUGGAGAAGGCGUCCAGCUGGCCGCACCGCCGGGACGCCGGGAGGCCGCUGGAGGGCGCGGAGCAGGCCGCGGCCUCUGGCGAGGGCUCGCAGGCGCACAAGGGCUGGCACCGGCAGGGCCUGCGCAGACCUUCCGUCCUGCCUGUGGGGUCCCUAGAUACAAGAGGUCCAGCCCUGGAAAAAUCCUCUUCCUCUUCAGACGCCAUUGUUUUUCGGGAGAAAAAACCAAAGGAGGUGAUGGGAGGCUUUUCAAGACGCUGCUCAAAGCUCAUCAACUCCUCGCAGCUGCUGUACCAGGAGUACAGUGACGUGGUUCUGAACAAGGAGAUCCAGAGCCAGCAGCGGCCCGACAGCUCUGCAGAGGCCCCUGGUCCUGCCUCCCCCAGGCAGCCCCGAAAGAUCCUGGUCUCCUCGGAGUCCUACCUGCAGCGGCUCUCCAUGGCCCCCAGCGCCUCCCUCUGGCAGGAAAUCCCCAUUGUGCGAAACAGCACCGUGCUGCUGUCCAUGACCCAUGAAGACCAAAAACUGCAAGAGGCCAAAUUCGAGCUGAUUGUGUCCGAGGCCUCAUACCUGCGCAGUCUCAAUAUAGCUGUGGAUCAUUUCCAACAUUCAAGCCAGCUCCGGGCCAUCCUUUCCAACCAAGAUCAGCAAUGGCUCUUCUCGCGUUUACAGGAUGUGCGUGACGUCAGCGCCACGUUCCUUUCAGACCUGGAGGAGAACUUUGAGAACAACAUCUUCACCUUCCAUGUGUGUGAUGUCGUCCUGAACCACGCCUCCGACUUCCGCCGGGUCUACCUGCCUUACGUCACCAACCAGACCUACCAGGAACGCACCUUCCAAAAUCUGCUGAACACCAACAGCAGUUUCCGAGAGGUCCUGGAGAAGCUGGAGAGCGACCCUGUCUGCCAGCGCCUUUCCCUCAAAUCCUUCCUGAUUCUGCCCUUCCAGCGCAUCACCCGUCUCAAACUGCUGCUCCAGAACAUUCUGAAGAGAACACAGCCUGGCUCUUCAGAGGAAGCAGAGGCUACGAAGGCUCACCACGCCCUGGAGGAGCUGAUCCGAGACUGCAACAACAACGUCCAGCGGAUGCGAAGGACAGAGGAGCUGAUCUACCUGAGCCAGAAGAUUGAGUUUGAGUGCAAAAUAUUCCCGCUCAUUUCACAGUCACGCUGGCUGGUGAAGAGUGGCGAGCUGACAGCCCUGGAGUUCAGCGUCUCCCCAGGGCUGCGAAGGAAACUGAACACGCGUCCAAUCCACCUGCAUCUCUUCAAUGACUGUCUGCUGCUGUCUCGGCCCCGAGAGGGUAGCCGGUUCCUGGUAUUUGACCACGCUCCCUUCUCCGCCAUCCGGGGGGAAAAGUGCGAAAUGAAACUCCACGGACCUCACAAAAACCUCUUCCGGCUCUUCCUGCUGCACAACACACAGGGCACCCAGGCCGAGUUCCUCUUCCGCACGGAGACUCAAAGUGAAAAGCUUCGCUGGAUCUCCGCCUUGGCCAUGCCAAGGGAGGAGCUGGACCUUCUGGAAUGUUGUGAUUCCCAACAAGUACAGUGCCUCCGAGCCUACAAACCCCGGGAGAAUGACGAGUUGGCUCUAGAAAAGGCGGAUGUGGUGAUGGUGACUCAACAAAGCAGCGAUGGCUGGCUGGAGGGCGUGAGACUCUCAGAUGGCGAGCGAGGCUGGUUUCCUAUGCAACAGGUGGAGUUCAUUUCCAACCCAGACGUCCGUGCCCGGAACCUGAAAGAAGCCCAGCGAGUCAAGACUGCCAAACUACAGCUGGUGGAGCAGCAGACCUAGCUCUUCUCUGGGAGGGAUCACGGAGCUGACGGACACGAUGCCCUUGGAGAGGGCUGGCCCCACAGCCGUGCAACAGAGGCCUUCUGGGAACCAGGAACUAGACCUUCUGAGAACUCACGGACCAAAUCUACUUGCUAGCCCAGCCCGCCUUUUUGGGUUUGUGCUGGGUCGGGAAUUUGGAGGGACUUUGCACUGGACUCUGGAAACCUUUUCUCAUAGGAAAAAGGACCAGUGGGACCUACGCCAAGGAACUUGACUCCUACCACCAUGCAGUGCUUAAACAUUUCCAUCGUGGCCGUAGGUUAAACAGAAUCUCACCUCAGUCCACUGGAAGGAGAUGUUUAAGGGGGAUUAAUACAUCAGAUGGGAAGGUCAACCUGGUGACCUCUAAGGUAGCUUCCAACCCUAAAGAUUUUCCAUAGUUACUGGUAUGAGGCCAGUGCAUGUAUCUCUGGGAUCUUUUAGUGGCAAUGUGAGGGUAAUACUCUCUCACUCUAAUAAACGUGGCACUUCUCUGA